AUGGGCGAUAAGGAGAAGAAGAAGAAGGAGAGUAUUUUGGAUCUCUCCAAAUACAUCGACAAAACAAUCCGAGUGAAAUUCCAGGGUGGGAGAGAAGCAAGCGGUGUCUUGAAAGGAUUUGACCCUCUUCUGAACCUUGUGCUUGAUGGUACCAUUGAAUAUAUGCGAGAUCCAGAUGAUCAAUACAAAUUAACAGAAGACACACGUCAGCUGGGACUUGUGGUCUGCAGAGGGACUUCUGUGGUUCUUAUUUGUCCGCAGGAUGGAAUGGAAGCUAUUCCAAACCCUUUCAUUCAGCAGCAAGAUGGCUAAUGCUUUCUUUGGGUUGUCUCUGAAGACUUCCAAGGGUACAAAUCAUCGGAGAAAACUGUCAUUGUGUGAGAAGCUUCCUGUUUUGGGGGGGAGUUUGAAUGUGUAUUCGUUAGUGUGAAAGAAUGGUCAACUUUUAUUUUUGUGGCUUUCCCUAAAUGAGGAGAGGAUGGGGUAUGGUGUGUAAGAAAUAAGUUCUGAUUUCUGCCCCUCCCCUCCAUAAAUGUGUAACUACAUUGUUUAGAGCGGACAGGAGAGAAUAUAUUGUUAUGGAAUUGUCCGAGACCCUCUUGAUCUUGUGGGUUUUGAAACAGUCACAUAAAAUUAGUAAAGAAUGCCUUGAAUAUUGGUUAUAUUAUUUACAUUUUUAAAUACAUUAGAAAAUGUAUUUAAUCUAAAUGAAUCUAAAGCCUAAAUACAUUAGAACAUGUGUUUCUUCCUCAUAGAUGCCCAUACUCAGCUGGGAAGCAUUGUGUUGUAGUCUUCCUGCUG